UUUUAUUUUCAGUUGACAUCCAACUGCCUGAUAUACGUAUGUGUCAACAUGGUUGGAUUAUUCGUGCAUAACAUUAUGGAGCGUGCACAGAGGAAAGCAUUUCUCGAUACUAGAAAUUGCAUAAAUGCCAGACUAGAAAUGGAAGACGAAAACGAAAAAUUGGAAAGAUUACUUUUAAGUGUUUUACCCCAACAUGUUGCCAUGGAGAUGAAGGAAGAUAUCAUUUCUCCAAGAGAAGGACAAUUUCAUAAGAUAUACAUCCAGAAACACGAAAAUGUCAGGAAUAAAUUACAGUGGUACAGAUAUAGUGAACUCUCAAAGUACUGAACUAAAUCAUUCACAAUAUGAAGAGUUCAAGCAAGGAUUUAUAAAAUUGUUUACUAUAUCGAGUUGUCACUAUAUCAAGAGUCACUGUAUUAAAUUCCCCAUUUGAUGUUACUUUCUUUAAGAAAUUAGUAAUUGAAAUUUAUGAUUCGUGUCGUGUGAAUCGAUAUCUAUACUUCAAUUAUGUAUUACUCUAUGAUUUAUAUUGGUUAAUAAAUAAAAAUAAUUAGAUUAAUUUGAAUAAAUUGUUGUACUCGUAUAUAACAAAUAUCCAUUAUCGUUUGAAUCAUUAUUAGAAAUGAAUUUUGUAAAAUUUACAUUUAAAUUAAGGUCAAAGUUUCUCAAAUCUGUUCAAACUUCUGAAGAGAAAUAUGGUAAUUAAAAUAGUUUAAAGUCAAACAAUUUUUCUCAUAAAAUUAUUUGGUCAUUGUUCUUUCUAGUUGUUUUGAUUGAUGAGAAAUUGUCUUUAAAGACGUUUCCUAGAAGUUAGCUAAUCUUCAAAACGUUUCGUGACAUCUCUAUGAUAUCCGGUCACGGUAAAAUCAUCCCAAAUCAUAAAACAUCUCACUACUUUUCUUUGAUUAUCUAAAAAAACAAGAAAAAGAAUCGAAGAACACAAUAGUAUUGUUAAAAGUAGUCAAUAUUUCUUUUAUUUUCGUAAUCUAUCAGUGUCGUUAUCGUGAAAGCAAAGCACUGAUUGAUGUACUCGUCUAUCUUGCAACGUACUAAUUAUCUUCCAAUAUACGUUUAAAAUAACUUCCAUUACUAAAUUAAUAGGAUUCCAACUCGAGAUUAAUAAUGUAUAUACAGUUAGAACUCGAUAUAGCGACCUCUAAAUAACGCUAGCCUUGUAAAACGCCAAUGAAUAUUGUGAACGAAUCUUUCCUGUAAAUGUUAAAUAAAUCAUUCAGUUACUACGUAUUAUGGCCGAACCUCGAUUUAGCACCACCAUCUGUUCGCUUUUUAGGCUGAUACUAAAUCGAGCAUGGUGUUAAUUAAUUUAAACUGAAUCGUACAAAUGUUAACAAUUCAGAGAUUACUAUAGGUUUUAUAUUUAGUAUUUAUGGGAUCAACGGUUCACAAGUAUUGGUUGGCGGUAUAUCGAGUUUAUAUUUUGCUAAAUUAAUGAUUUUGCAUCUUAAAACAGCUUUCGAACUUUGAAAAUUCAAACCUGCGCGUAGACUUUAAACUUUAAUUAACACAGUUAAAUCUGUCCAAAGCCUCAACAAAACGGAAACGUGCCUAAACGAAAAAAAUUCUUAAAAUCUCAGCGAUUAUCUGUGUUAAAAGUACACCUGUUUAAAACGGAAACCUGCCAAACCGAAAAAACAAACAAACAAUAUUCGUUACCGUAUAAGUCCGGUUUACACAGGUUAAAAUUCUUAUUGUUUUAGCUUCUUUAGUAUAACGCCACACUUGAUUUAGUGCCAUUCUCGGAUUCGAGAAGUUGCUGGUGCUAAAUCGAGGUUCGACCGUACGAAUAAUAGUAAUAAUAAUUAAAGAUACAUCUGGAAAAGUUUAAUUUAAUUGCCUUUUUCGAGCAUAAACCUUCUUUGGUUGUUUAUAAGAAACAUUCGAAGUAAUGAAAAAUAAAGCAAUUACACUAAAAACUUGAGUGCAAUUUUUAUGUUUUGGAACUCUUCUUGCAAUCACUGUUAUUUACUUUCGUGCAGAUCCGAGUUAGCUAAGAUUAGAAAUGGUUAUAUUCUUGCCUGUAUCGUCUGGUUUCUGUCAUUUGUGGGGGAUGCUCUUGGAAGUGAACUGGAGUAUCAGUAGAUGCCGGAACAGCUUGCUCCUGUACUUUAACAUGCUGCAUGUCAGGCAAUUUAAGAUUGCUGAUGCUGUUCGACUUUCGUAGUGUAGAUUUGAGAAAUUUAGAAAUCUCGAAAAUUGAAUCUUUUAUUUAUCUUUUUACUGUUCUUUCUUUUGCCAAGUUUAGAAGUUAUUUAUAGCUUUUUAAAUUACUUUCAAACAUCGAUAAAUUUUUAAAAUGAAUAUUUAUAGCCUAUUUAACUAAAUCGGCAAUGACUUCUUUUUUCCUCUUGUUUAUAUUGAUUAUUCUUGAACAUGUUUUUGCAUUUUAUCUAAUUGAUAAAUCAGUUACGUGAAUGAUAAGGAUCUUGAUUAUCAGUUGAUUUAAUUCCUAACGUAUCCAGAGAAGAUAAAAAGGGAAUUUUUUAAAGAUUAUAUCUACUCCUAGUUUAAGUACUAGAAUAUAAAUUAGUGGUAAACAAUGUAGAUAUGAAUCGGCUGCCAUUAUCCUAUGAAUAUCAUAAAUGAUAAACAAGCAAUUAGUACGUAUUUACUAUUAAUUCACAGUAUUUAAACUAAUAAUAAACGUUUUAUAAUACUGAAUAUGAAUAAUCUUUCAUAUCUUUAUGUUCCUUCUUCGUGAAGAAUCAAUAAAAUAAUGCCUUCUAGUACCUCUCGUACUACAGUAGUACUUGAACUAAUGAGUAAGUAGUAAGCAAUUUAGAUGAGUCAGAAGUUACAUAUUGUUAUAAUGAAUGUGUUAAUUAAUGUAUACAACUGUAUGGUCUGUAUUACUACUUAAACUAGUAGUAAUGAUACGAAUAUCUGCCAUGUAAUUUUGAAGAGAAAGAUAAUUUACAAGUCAUCCUUCGCCUGUUUACAUCGACUAAUAAAUGAACAAUUAGUUAUAUUUACUACUAAUUCAUGUACUUUACUUGGUAAAGUAAGUAAACAACUUCGCAUACUAAGAUAUUGAAUAUUUAAACAAUAUAUAAGUGAUCGUUAGGUCCAAUAGCGCAUAAAUAAUAAGUACAAGUUUACGUACAAGUAAACAAUCCGGGUUAUGAAUCGAUCGUAAUCUAUUAUAUGAUAUUGAAUGUUUUAAUAAUAUAUAAGUAGAUUUAUUAAGAAAUUAAUGUAUACGCCGUUAUUGAUUUAACUACAUCUAUAAUGUUGCUUAUCUACGAAGUUAAUAACGAAUUCUCUCAAUGAAAAGCAUUAAAAAAUGACUUUAAUUUUUGUCACGCUUCACGGAUUCUGUUUUCGUGUUCAAAAUGUUCCUCACACAUCUACCAUAAUAGAAAAAAAAAAGAGACGGUCAGAUUUUUAUGACAAAACUACUACAAUUCUUCUAUUUAAUAGAACGUUUACGGGUUGUGAAAGCGAAGAAAAUGUAUCAUAAAUCACAAAAUGAUAUUUACACAAUUCCAUUUUAUUUCAUUAAAUAAAUAUUUAUCACGCGAUUU